AUGAAGAGAAGGUCCCAGGUCGUCUCGAUCCCCGAUUCCGAAGAUGAGGCACCCGUCAGUGAGACGUCAUUAAGGGACUCCUCGCCCCUCCAGCGAUCGCAGCCCCUGCGCAAGGGCGGGUCAUCUCAUACCAAGAACCAGACCCACCGUGUCAUUCAAGAUUCCGAGGACGAUGAGGACCCCAUCGAUCUAGUUGGUCCAAGAAUGACGAGACAACGCUCUGCUGCCAACCUGGCUACCAACAUUGCCGUGGUGGUUCCUACAUUUACUACAAGCCAUGGAUCGCCAAGCGACUCCGCAGGGAGUUCGCGGGGAAUUCAAUCUGCGGACGGGGUCACCGGGCUCAACACGCCGGCAACCAGCGUUAGUACGGGAGUAGAUUCAGAUGCCAAGAAGCCAUCGACCCGGGUGGAUGCAUCGGCGCGCGCCCUGCAACUGCGAACGAGUGCCAGAAAGCCGAAUACCCUUCAGCGAGGCAAGAAGAGGCGUGCUUCUGUUCUGUCGUCGGAUGGCGAAACUAGUGACGCGGCACUUGCCCACGCUCUGCAGAUGGAGGAGUAUGAGAGCUCAUUGCCCAAAAGUCCUAAGGGCCGGGGAGCAGGCGUGUACAGUUCCAAAAAACAGCGGGUCCAGGACGAAGAUGACCUCGCGGCUGUCAUUAGCGAUGAGAGCUCCCCUGUGCCUUCUCUCGAGUCUGACAAUGAUGACGAUGAUGACUUUGACGUGUCUGAUAGUGAAAACGAGGAUGCCCUUGCUGGUGGUGCAGGCUCUGUUCAUGUCCCAAACAACCUCAAUCCGAAUGUCAAUCCUACGACACACACCGGCGACAACGGGCCAGAAGCGAUUGAGUUGGACGAUGAGGAAGACGAGGAAGAAGCUGGACCGAACUGGUGGGAGCAGCGUAAAGCUCGUCGGGCCGAACGAGACCGCAAGAAGCUGCAAAAGUCGCACCCUACGCUUACCACUAUGUGGGAUGAUCUGAAAGCCCAGCCUAUCCUCGACCCAGAACCAGCCAAGCAACCGACGUCGAUCACUCGCAAACUGAAACCCUUCCAGUUAAAGGGUUUGAGCUGGAUGACUGCACAAGAGCAAACAUCUUACCGCGGCGGUCUCCUAGGCGACGAAAUGGGCAUGGGAAAAACCAUCCAAGCUGUUUCUCUCAUCAUGUCCGACUAUCCCCAGCCCUUCCCAACUCUCGUGAUCGUGCCGCCGGUUGCUCUGAUGCAGUGGUCAUCUGAAAUCAAGGAAUACACCGAUGGCAAAUUGAAAGUCUUGGUUUAUCACGGGUCUGAUUCCAAGGUGAAGAAACUCACCCAGAGUGAUAUCCGCAAAUACGACGUGAUCAUGAUCUCUUAUUCGAGCUUAGAGUCCAUGUAUCGGAAGCAGGAAAAGGGAUGGUUCCGUGGCGGGGGUACAGUCAAAGAAGACAGUGUCAUCCACGCGAUUCAUUACCACCGGCUCAUUCUCGAUGAAGCCCACAGCAUCAAGCAACGUACCACAGGUGUGGCGCGAGCCUGCUUUGCCCUCGAGGCGAACUACAAAUGGUGUCUCUCAGGUACUCCCGUGCAGAAUCGCAUUGGCGAAUUCUUUUCUCUCCUUCGAUUCCUACAGGUCCGACCUUUUGCCAGCUAUUUCUGCAAGAAUUGCCCCUGUGAACAAAUGCAGUGGAUUGCAGAUUCAAAGGGGCGCUGCACCAAUUGUAACCAUACGGGCUUUCAACACAUUUCGAUCUUCAACAAGGAGAUCUUGAAUCCAAUCACGGAGGGAAGGACUGCGACUGAACGGAAAGAUGGGUUGGCCAAGCUGCGUUUGAUCACGGACCACAUCAUGCUUCGUCGAUUGAAGGAGGAGCAUACUUCGUCGAUGGAACUCCCGCCAAAGCGGAUGACUCUUCACAAUGAAUUUUUUGGAGAGAUCGAGCAUGAUUUCUCUCGUAGCAUCAUGACAAACACGACCCGACAAUUUGAUACCUACGUUAGCCGGGGUGUCAUGCUGAACAACUAUGCGAACAUUUUCGGCCUGAUCAUGCAGAUGCGCCAAGUUGCGAACCAUCCAGAUCUAAUCCUGAAGAAGUCCGUAGAGGCUGGUCAAAAUGUCAUUGUGUGCCAGGUCUGCGACGAACCUGCAGAGGAUGCCAUCCGUUCCCGGUGCCACCACGACUUCUGUCGUCGGUGCGCGAAUGACUAUAUCCAGUCAUUUGAGUCCGAUGAAAACUCGACCGUGCAAUGCCCCCGAUGCCACAUUGCUCUCACGAUCGAUUUGGAGCAGCCGACGAUCGAGCAGCAGGCCGACAGCACCAAGAAUACAUCGAUCAUCAACCGAAUCAAUAUGGAAAAUUGGACAUCGUCGACGAAGAUCGAAACCCUUCUGUAUGAGUUGUACCAGCAGAGGAGCAAGAGCCACACUCCGAAGUCCAUUAUUUUCUCUCAGUUCACAUCGAUGUUACAGCUUGUGGAGUGGCGCCUGCGCCACGCUGGGUUCAAUACCGUCAUGCUUGAUGGCACGAUGACUCCUGCGCAGCGACAAAACUCGAUUAAUCAUUUCAUGACCAACCCGGACGUGGAGGUCUUCCUGGUUUCCUUGAAGGCUGGUGGUGUGGCCCUUAACCUGACAGAGGCUUCUCGUGUGUUCAUUGUCGACCCAUGGUGGAAUCCUGCGGCAGAAUGGCAGAGCGCCGAUCGCAGCCAUCGCAUCGGCCAGCAACGACCUUGUGUGAUUACUCGUUUGACGAUCGAGGAUUCGGUCGAGUCCCGCAUCGUUCAGCUCCAAGAGAAGAAGGCGAAUCUCAUUCGGGGCACGAUCAACAAGGACCAAGCGGCCGCUCUGGAAAAAUUGACUCCCGAAGACAUGCAGUUCUUGUUCCGUGGCUCCUAA